CAGCAAGUACACCCGAACUGAUUCGUACCAGGCACGUGACACCAACCAAGAAUUCUGUCAAGGCAGUGCUUCCUUUCUUAAUACAGUAUCUUAAUUUAAUCCCAUAGGCUUAUUGGAACCUCAUACUUUCAAAAGCAUGCCACCUAACACUGCCAUAUCAAGGGAAUUGUUAAAGGUCUAGUUCACAUCAUAAUCACUAGCUCAAUUAAAAGACCAAAUGUGCUUGCUUUUCUUUCUCAGACAACCAACCUACUAAUCUCAUAAGUUAUGUGUACCUCUUUCUACAUUCAAGACAUAAUCAUGCCUGAUCUGACCCACUUGCCAAUUGUGCAUAAAUCAUUUUGUUUUUGUGCAACUCUUCCUUCAUAGCUCCCUGGUUCAGGAUGAAAGAAUCCAGGGUAGACAAGAAGCAAAAACUUCAGCAAAGAGGAUGCAAGGCCUUUUGUUGCAGUUGCAGGCUAAGUGUCUCUUCUUCUGAGGAAGCUGAGAGCUCGAAUCCCGAUCGGUUUGCAUCGAUCUCAAGCCUGGCACAUGCGAUGGUACAAGAGAGACUAGACCAGAUGAUUAGAGAAAGGCAAGAGGCAAGACAAAGAGAGAGAAGAAGGAGACUAAGAAGUGAUGGGACCAAGUUUAUAGUAAUGGUAGCUAUGGAGAAAAGCUCUUACGAUCCAAGAGAAGAUUUUAGAGAGUCCAUGGUUGAGAUGAUCAUGGCAAACCGGCUACAAGAGCCAAAAGAUCUCCGUAGUCUGUUGAAUUAUUACAUGUCAAUGAACUCUGAAGAGUAUCAUGGAAUGAUACUGGAAGUUUUCCAUGAGGUUUGCACCAAUCUGUUUUUAUGCUGUAAAUGCCAUUGAUGGACAAUCUUGAGAAAUCUUUUAGAUGUUAGUGUUGUUAGUCAGCAUUCUCGGUGGAUGGUUACUCGGAAGGUUCAGUCCUGCCAAGUAAGAGAGUAGUCUUAUGUUAAUAAGUAUGCUGUAAUGCUACAACAAACAGUACUAUCCAAAGCUCAAUCAGAAUAGUCAAAAGGUUAUUUAUCUUGAUUCGCUUCAAGAGAUUUCGACAUUGAAGGUUGAAUUCAGUACUAGGUUUUUGCAGAUCCAUUUCAUGGAGUUAAUGCUUGAACUGUUAUUAACUUGUAGUGCUGAUAAAUAUUUGAACAGAACAUGUAAGCAAAUUAUUCACUUGGAAA